AUGAGCCCAGAUGCGAGCUCAGACGAGGAGUACAAAAAUGUUGUUCUACAGUUCCUGGGUGUAUUCAGAGUUCCAAUCGCGGUAGAAAAUGUCGGUCAGCUGUUCGCGAAGGGGAGGACUCGUACUGCUCUGGUUUUUUUCCUCUUCCGCGACAAAAGCCGCUCCUCCUGUGCGAUAGAAGUAGUCCCCGGACCAAUUAGAGGUACCUGGGACAUAAGGGAGUAUUAUUAUUUGGAUGGACGUUGGUAUCUUACUUUUUGAUGAAUUACUACAGACCAGAAUGGCCCGACUCCCAACUGCAUUGCUUCUGUUUACCUCCCUUACUUAUUCUGCAGUAACAAUUGCUUUUAUUGAUGUUGCUUUAGCUAGUACUACUACUACUACUACUACUACUACUACUACUACUACUACUACUACUGCUGCUGCUGCUGCUGCUGCUGCUGCUGCUGCUGCUGCUGCUGCUGCUGCUGCUGCUGCCGCUGCUGCUGCGACACGUGUGUACACGUUCCGUUAUAUAAGGUGCAUUUAG